UUAUUUGUCAGAAAUAAGAGUGGCAACCGAAAAUGAACGCCAUUUUCUGCAUAAUGUGCUGUUGAAUUUGAUGGAUACAAAUGCCGGAAGAAUCAUAAUUUGUAACGAAUAUUCAUUAACAAUUCAGGGAAAUUAAAUUUCCCUAUAAUGGCAGGAAAUGGAGAUAUUCAGUGGAGUUUUUCUCAAGUCAAAGGAACUCUUGAUGAUGAGAUAACAGAGGCUGACAUAAUAUCAUGCGUUGAAUUCAAUCAUGAUGGAAAUCUUUUAGCUACUGGAGACAAAGGUGGCCGUGUUGUAAUAUUUCAACGUGAUCCUCUGUCCCAGAUUUCUAUUCCCAAAAGAGGAGAAUAUAAUGUCUACAGUACAUUUCAAAGCCAUGAACCUGAAUUUGAUUAUCUAAAAAGUUUAGAGAUUGAAGAGAAAAUCAAUAAAAUUAGGUGGUUGAAACGUAAAAAUCCAGCUCAUUUUCUUCUCUCAACGAAUGAUAAAACUAUUAAAUUAUGGAAAGUAUCUGAAAGAGAUAAGAGAAUCGAGGGUUACAAUCUGAAAGACGAGACGGGUCAUGUGAAAGACCCAAUGUCUAUUACUAACUUGCGUGUACCAAAUGUAAGGCCCAUGGAUCUAAUGGUAGAAGCAAGCCCUCGUAGAAUCUUUGCUAAUGCUCAUACAUACCAUAUAAAUUCAAUAUCUGUCAACAGCGAUCAAGAAACCUAUCUCUCUGCUGAUGACUUACGAAUUAAUUUAUGGCAUCUAGAAAUUACAGACCAAAGUUUUAAUAUUGUUGAUAUCAAACCAACUAAUAUGGAAGAACUUACUGAAGUAAUUACUGCAGCAGAGUUUCAUCCUUCUCAAUGUAAUGUCUUUGUGUAUAGUAGUAGUAAGGGAACUAUUCGUUUGUGUGAUAUGCGAGCAGCUGCACUAUGUGACCAACAUUCUAAGUGUAUAUAAUGACAGGUUCUUAUAAUAAUUUCUUCCGGGUUUUCGACCGUCAUACUAAAAGAGAUGUUACUCUUGAAGCUUCCAAGGAAAUAGCAAAGCCUAAAACUGUUCUUAAACCUAGAAAAGUUUGUACAGGUGGCAAAAGAAAAAAAGAUGAAAUUAGUGUAGAUUGUUUAGAUUUUGGCAGAAAAAUAUUGCACACUGCCUGGCAUCCUCAAGAAAAUAUAAUAGCUGUAGCUGCUACAAAUAAUUUAUAUUUGUUUCAAGAAAAGUUGUAGUAAUAGUUCAUUUUCUAAUUAAUGAGCGAUGGAGGUCUUAAAACUGUGUGCCAUUUAUCGGAGGAAGUCUGCCGCCGCUCAGUUCCAGUGCCACGAACCACAAAACUGACUGCAAACAACCUUAACUUCCUGUUAUUUCUAUCCCAAAGCGUGCAUCGCUAUGGAUUGGCAGCAACGUCACCCCCAUGCUCACUUUCUAUUUGAAAACAGUAAUCAAUCCAUCAAUAUCCCGCUCUUCUCAUUUCCAGUUCAUAUAAAUUCGCCUGUGGCCAGGUGCCAGAGGUGGCUUAUUCAUCAGUUGUUUUUGACAGAAACUUGUACAUAAGAUAGUAGAGUGUAUAUUUUUGCUGCAAUCCCAUGCCAGAGAAUAGUUUUUUGUUGCAUGCUUCUUUUUUCUCAUCCAAUCUCAUUUUGAGACAUUUAACAAAAUAACUUGGGGAAAGGAAUAAAUAAAAGAAAAUCUGUCAAUAAAACUAAUUGUAUAAAUGAGACUGCUUUUUUUACAUAAAAAUAAUAAUAAAAUCCUAAAUGUUUUUGUCUAUGUAUUGUUUUGUAAUUACUCAUCUGUUUUGAAAACGGAAGUCAAAUAUUUGCACAAAUUGGAUUGAAUUUUAUUUUCAUAGCAUUGAGCAAGUUGAGUUGUUAUGUGUUUUUCUUCUAGUUGCUUUUUUUAAGUAUGUUAGAGAUUUUGUUUUUGAAUUAUCUGUCAGGCUAUGAUAAAAAUUUCAAUAACUUUUCCUUGUAUGUUUCAUUUGUAAAUCACAAACAUCCUUUAAAAGUAAUAAAUUAUUUUGAUUGUUAGCAUUCUUUUUCGUUUUGUUAUGAUUAAGAUGUACUGACAAGUUUUGACAACAUAGAUUUGAAUUUAUUGAUGAUUAAGAAAAUGAAUUGUAUUAUUUACUUUUUAAUUUCAUUAUUUGUUCAUUAUAAUUGUUAUCAACCAUCAUCUUUAAAAUAUAUAAAAUAAAAUAGUGAAAUUUAGUUCAGUACUUGUUGUUAUUAUAAAGAAAGAUUUUUAAUUGUUUCAAAUAUUUUAAAAGCUUUCAGUUGUAGAUUAAUGCAAUGAACCACAACACUAUUCCCUACAUCUCUAAAGAUCUUUUUUCAUUACUUAACAAUUUAAAUCAUAAAAUGGUGAUUGAAUUUAUUUUAGGCAUACCAUUCCACGUAUAUGUUUAUUUUAAACCUCAUAGAAAAGUAGUCAUUUUAUUUGAAAGAAUUGAAAUAAAUCCUGAUUGAAGCCUUAUUUUAUGAGAUCAUUAUCAUCACUACAAUAAGCAAUUGUUUUAUACAUAUUUGCUGUUGAAUCUCAUCGCAUUAAAACUGCUGGUUCUGUUUUGGAAAGAUUUGUUCAAGAUCGAUCUUGCAAAUUUUUUUGUUUUUAUAAAACAUAUUGCACUUUCUAAUGAUUUAGUCAAAGGUUCACAUUUUAUUUCAUUUUAGAGUCAUUCAUAAAAAGUUCUGAAAAACAUCUUUUAAUAAGAAUUUUUUUUUGCAGUAAUAAGUAAAGAAUACAUAAUCAUGAAUUAUUUACUGGAAUGGAUUAUCUUUUUGAGUUUUUAUCUCAAAUUUUGUUCAAUGCUGUGAAAAGAAAAAAAAAAACUUUUUAGCCCCUUUCUCUUUGUUCAAUUUUGUGGUUCAUAUUUUUGUAUUCAUAUUCAUUAAAACAAAUUUUUGUGAAUAGAUAAAGCCCAUACACAUUAGAAUAUGUUGACAAUCAUAAACUCGUGUUUUAUUCAUUAGUGUAUAAAUUAUAAUUCAACAAUUACCUUGAAUAACAUUAAAAAAAAUCAAAAUUUACUUUUUGUAAUUAUUAAAUAUUCUCAUUUCAAAACGACAUUAUUGAUUUUAUGAAAGUUUCUGAAUUUUUUAGACUUUCAAAUUCAGGGUCAUUUAUAUUUUCUUGCUUAAGCAGGCAUAUAAAAUAUUUUUGUGAGACAUCAGGGAUACAAAGUUUUAUUUUAGCUUUAAAAAAAACAACCUUUUUAUUGUAUUUUAAAUUGUUUUUACAUUUCUCAUUUUGUUGAGUUAUUUGAUAUGUUGCAUUGAUCCAAUGCUAACUGGCUAUGCAAAUGAAUUAAAUAAAAUGUGAUGUUUUUUAAAAA